AUGGCGGAGGAGGUUCUUCCCGGCGGUCCGCAGCGGGCUCCAUCUGACCCAGACAUCCCUCCGGCUCGUCUCCUCUCACGGAGGGGGGGGGCGCUGUGGUUCGUCCCGGACUGCUGCGGCGUGCUGUGCGCCGCCGUCACCUGGCUGCUGGUGCUCUUCGCCGUCUUCGUGGUGACCUUCGUGCUGCUGCUGCCCUCCGGCGGCUCCGUGCACGCCGCCGUGCACGGCCUGGGCUUCAACGGCCUGGCGGCGCUGGCGCUGGCGGCGCACCUGCGCACCAUGCUGACCGACCCGGGCGCCGUUCCUCGGGGAAACGCCGCCCGGCGUCACGGGACCGACCUGCAGCUCCUCCCGGGUCAGGAGCUCUCCAAGUGCUCCAAGUGCUGCAGCAUCAAACCCCACCGAGCCCACCACUGCAGCAUCUGCCAGCGCUGCAUCCGCAGGAUGGACCACCACUGUCCCUGGGUCAACAACUGCGUGGGCGAGAGGAACCAGCGCUUCUUCGUCCUCUUCACCAUGUACGUGUCCAUCCUGUCGGGCCACGCUCUGGCUCUGUGUGGAUACCACUUCAUCUCCUGCGUCCGGCUGCAGUGGACAGAGUGCAGCGACUUCUCUCCUCCUGUGACCAUCUUACUGAUGAUCUUCCUCUGCAUGGAGAGCCUCCUCUUCCUCACCUUCACCGCCGUGAUGUUCAGCACUCAGCUUCACUCCAUCUGCAGCUCCGCCGCGGGGGAUGCUGGAGGCCGGUGGGCGGGGCUUAGCUCGGUGUUCGGAGGACCGCCCUCCCUGCUCUGGAUCAGCCCCUUCGCUGGACUCAAGCUGCCUCUGUUUCCAUGGAAACGCCCUCGGAGGGGCGGAGCCGAGUUCUCGGUGUGA